ACGGGCCGGACAAGUCCCAGCCGUCGGUCCAGACAGUCGUGUGAGGGAAAUGAGGAAGAUGAGUGGUAGAGUCCCGCUCCUGGCCCUGCUAGGGGCGGCCCUUCUGGCCCUCCCGGGUCUUCGGGCGCUCAUCACAGACGAGAAUGAAGCCAAGGAAUUCAUGAAGGAACUUGACGUAAGAUACAGUCAGCAGUGUAACCAGCAGAUGGUGGCACGAUGGGACUACAUCACAGACGUCACCAACACUGACAAGGAGGAGGCAGCGAACGCGGCCUCGGUGCAGUACAUGACCUUCCAAGGGGAGGCGGCUGUCAACUGCUCUGAGUACGACUACAGCGGCUUCAUCGACAUUGAGCUGUAUCGACGGUUCCGAUUCCUCUCCAAGAAAGGACCUGGGGCGCUGCAACCCGAUGACCUCACGCAGUACAAAGCCCUACAGGCCAACAUGGAGACCAUCUAUAGCACAGCGACCAUAUGUGAUUACCACGACCAGACCAAGUGUGACCUUAUCCUCGAGCCGGACAUUGAAGCCAUCAUGGCCUCGUCAGAGGACUGGGAUGAGCUGCGUUAUACAUGGGAACAGUGGCGGGAGAACACCGGCAAGCUUAUGAGAGAUGACUUCGUCAGCUUUGUUGAACUCUCCAACCAGGCCGCCGUGCUCGAUGGGUUCGACAACACAGGCUCCUACUGGCUCAGCCCCUACACGGUCGACACCCGCGAAGCUGAAGCUUUCACCGGAGGGGCGACCCUCGACCAGCACGGGUUCAGGGAUAUGGCCGACUCUGUCUGGCAGGAGGUCUCUGAACAACUCUACAAGAAGCUCCACGCCUACGUCAGGAUGCGUCUUCAGGAGGUUUAUGUGGAUAAAAUCGAUCCAACUGGACCUAUCCCAUCUCACAUCCUAGGUGACAUGUGGGCUCAGGACUGGUCGAACAUCGCUCGCCAUGUUAUGCCUUUCCCAGAGAUGCCGACAUUUGACGUCACCAACAGCAUGGUGAAAAAUGGCUGGGAUAUACAGAAGAUGUUCCUGGCGGCAGAGGAUUUCUUCAGGAGUAUCGACCUUUUCGACAUGACCCAGACCUUCUGGGACAAGAGUGUCAUUAACCAGACAGCCUGGGGCAAGAUCAUGCUAUGUCACGCCUCAGCCGAAGACUUCUGUCUGGGACCAGAAGGCGAUGAUUACAGGAUCAAGAUGUGUACUGAGGUCAACAUGGUGGACCUGGUGACCGUGCACCACGAGAUGGGUCACAUCGAGUACUUCAUGGCCUACAAGAACGAACCGCUCGUCUUCAGAGACUCUGCCAAUCCAGGUUUUCACGAAGCUAUUGGUGACUUAAUUGCUCUGUCGAUGUCAACCCCGAAGCACCUGGAGGAGGUGCUGGGCCUCACCCCAGAUAACGGCACCUCCUCCACCCGGCUCGAUCCCCGCUACACUGACGACGAGAAGCGGGAUCUUAACUUCCUCAUGAAGAUGGCGCUGGAGAAGAUUGCGUUCUUGCCCUUCGGUUACCUGAUCGACAACUAUCGGUGGGGCGUGUUUGAUGGGUCCAUCCCCUUUGAAGAGUUGAAUGCUGGCUGGUGGAACCUGAGGGAGUCGCUCCAGGGCGUCACGCCCCCAGCAGGACCUCGGGGAGAGGAGUACUUCGACCCAGGAGCCAAAUAUCACGUUCCGGCAAACGUCCCUUACAUCAGGUACUUCGUGAGCUUCAUCGUACAGUUUCAGUUUCACGCACACCUGUGUGAAGCUGCCGGCCACACCGGCCCCCUCCACACCUGCGAUAUCUAUAACAACACUGCAGCGGGCGACAUCCUCAGGAGCGCCUUGGAGAAGGGCUUCUCGGAGCCCUGGCCCAAAGUUCUGGGCGAACUUGGAGGAUCGACAGACAUGAGUUCUCAGCCAAUUAUAGACUACUUCGCGCCUCUGAUACAGUACUUGGACCAAGCGCUACUGGAGACCAACCAAUGCAUUGGCUGGGGAGAUGACUGCUCUUUUAUGCACGAAGACGAAGCCGAUGCUUCAACAACGGAUUCAAACAACUUUGAAACAACGGAGAUUAGUUCAUCUGAGAACACGGACGAGAUAACGGCAGAAACGAGUAGUUCGGCGCCAGAAACGACGACAAUGGACCCCAGGAACGACGAGGAGUUGGCUCAGGCAGCCAUGGAGGACAUGAACGCCAACAUGACGCAACUAGUGCGUCACGCAACAGAGGUAGACUGGCUCUACUACACUGAUGUUAGCGAUGACCACGCUGCCGCCUCGAACGACGCCUGGAUAACGGUGAGCCAGUCGUUCAACGCCUACCACGAGAGCGUUAUCUCCUACUUCAACUAUUCCACGUUCAACGACUCGCUACGACGCCAGUUUCAGCUCCAGAAGAACCUGGGAACGGCCGCUCUCAACGACACCCAAUUGACCAAGCUGAACGAGGUGAUUGAGAGAAUGACCAGUAACUACACCAGCCGGGUCUGCCCUGUGGAAGUUCAGGACUGCAACGUUACUACAGAUGGACUCUCAAUUGACCAGUUGGAACAAAAGAUGUCAACGGAGAAGGAUUAUGACGUCCUCGAGUAUUACUGGGAGGCUUGGAGGAAUGCCUCGGGCCGACAUAUGAAGGAUGACUACAUCACCUACAUCGAACUCCUCAACGAAGCUGCCGAUAGGAAUGGUUUCCCUGACGCUGGACAGAUGUGGGUGGAACCGUAUACUGACGAAGGCUACGGAGCCGUCGAUUUCCAGAACGACAUCGAGGUCUUGUGGAACGCCACCAGACCUCUGUACGAGCAGCUUCACGCCUACGUUCUGGAUAGGCUGAAAUCUGUCUACACGGAGAGCAUCAAAGUUGAUGAGAAAUUUAUUCCGGCUCAUGUCCUGGGCAAUAUGUGGGCUCAGUCCUGGGAAAAUAUCUACGACCUCGUAAAGCCUUACGAAGACGUCGACAUCCCAGAUAUCUCAGACGAUCUUAACGACAACAUCGUCAAUGUCACGGAAAUGUUCUGCUUGGCUGAAAAUUUCUUCACUAGUCUGAAUUUGUAUACCAUGACGCCCGACUUCUGGAGUAGCAGUUUGUUCAAGGACCCGAACAACGGUACAGAAGUGAUCUGUCAUGCCUCUGCCUGGGAUUUCUACGACACUGAAAACGUGCCUGACAAAGGUCGCUUCAGAAUCAAGAUGUGUGCGAACACCAAUCAGGAGGAUCUGAUCGUGAUCCACCACGAAAUGGGCCACACAGAAUAUCAGAUGUCGUACAGCACUCUGGAUGGGCAUCCCCUUGUGUUUCGCGAUGGUGCUAAUCCAGGUUUCCACGAAGCUAUUGGGGACACCAUUGCUCUCUCCGUCAGCACGCCUCGCCAUCUUCAAAUGAUCUCAGACGCUUUACAGAGUAACUCCAGUUUCUGCAGCGAAGGUUUCAUGCUUAACAAUACCAUACCACAAACCGCAAAUGUGACUAACACGACAAUCGAAGAGCAGAACAUCAAUUUCCUCAUGAAGACGGCUCUAGCCAAGAUCGCUUUCAUCCCCUACGCUUACAUUCUUGACAAGUGGCGAUGGGAUCUCUUCGCGGACCACAACAAUGACUUAGAGUUUAAUAAGAAGUGGUGGGCUUUGAGACUCGACAUCCAGGGAAUAUCUCCCCCAGUGGAACGCUUCCCGUCCUCAGACUUCGACCCGGGGAGCAAGUACCAUGUCGCUACCAACGUCCCCUACAUCAGGUACUUCGUAGCCUACAUGCUACAGUUCCAGUUCCACGAGAGACUGUGCAGCCUCGUCCACGGUGAGAACGUCACUGACAUCUUUAACUGCGACAUUUACAACAGCAAAGAGGCCGGGGCUGCUCUACAAGCCAUGCUGAGGAAGGGUGCCUCCGAGGGCUGGCACAGUCAGCUGAGAGAGUUCCUGGAUAAUGACAGUGCUACCAUGACCGCUGAGGCAAUCCUUAACUACUUCCAGCCGCUCUCAGAGUUCCUCAGUGGUUACAUAGCCAGCAAUGCAGUCGAGACGACAUGGCCGUCAGGCAGUGUGGGUGACUACAUGAAGUCCGAGGACGACACUAGUGAAAUACCACCGAUUGUACCGAUAGUGGUGGGAGCCGUGCUGGCUGUUAUGGUGAUAGUGGUGAUCAUCGCUUACUUCGUGGGUCGCAGCAAACAAAAGAAGAAGGAAAGAGAAGAUGACUUAGCCAUGCAGGCCGAGGAGCAACCCAACAAGCGCGGGGAACAAGACCAUUCGUCCGAGGAGCACAACAAGAAGCCAGGAGAGGUGAUAGAGAUGGCUGAAGCAGAUACUGACUAUUAUAACCCGUGAGAACUGGAAGUUUGCUAGUUACAGCCCCGCUCCUGUGCCAGGUAAGUCCACUACGGGCUCACCAUAGCCCGUGCUACUUGGAACUUUUUGUUCCCAGUAGCUGAAUCUUAAACAACAACAAUUGAAGUUUGAUUGUCAUUUGGAGGUCGGCAGUGUGGCAGGUCAGAAAGGUCUCCUGGAUUAGGACGCAAGGAGGAAGUGACUAUGGUAAUAUGAGGUGAUGUGGAAAAGUAUUCGAUGCAAAUAAUGGAAAACCAGUAUUGAAAGAAAGACACGAAAUAUGGAUAUGUUUAUCAACAACUACUAAGGAGUUGUUGAGUUAUCAACAACUCUGAUAACUUUUAGCUUGAUGGAGACCUUGUACUCACAAAUCGUGUGAUAUGUAAAUGCAAAAAAACACAGAAAAUUAAAGAAUAUUUACUUUGAAGCGUUCGUAUUCUUUAACUCAUCAUCUGAUUAUAUGCUGAAGAAUGUGACAGCAUAAAGAAUGAUAUUAUUCAGUUCGUCUGUGUCUCUUUGCAAGUAUACUUAUGAGAAUAGUGAUAUAGGGCAUUAGACAAAUAUUAACCGACUAUGGAGAAAUCACGAGAGAUUUAAGCUGAACACUUUGGUUCCAAGCAGGUAGGUACUCCCCUGAAGAGACGCCUAUUUGGAACUGUAAUAUUCAGUAAAUAUUUCUUUUGAUUUUCCCAAACUGGCAUUAAAAAUAUAUAUAUAUACAUAUAUUUUAUAAAUUAUUUACAUGUAUUACACGCAAGAAUAAUCACACACAUACACACACACACACACACACACAAACACACACACACACACACACACACACACACACACGUUAUUCGUUUAUGAGAAAGUAUCCACUAAGAAAUUUAAACGAAAAUUCCGAACGUUUUCGUGUUUUAACAAAUUAUUAAGAAAAACAGCAAUUUCAAGUCACCUGUAUUCCUUGAAAAUGUAAUUUAAUUACAAAAACAUUCAGAAUUUUCCUGUCAUUUUUCAAUUUUUCCAACACACACAUUCAAAUACAUAUAUUAUAAAUCUUUCGAUUUUCAAGACAUGCUUUAAUUCAUUUCAAAUACAUUUGGUUACCGAAGGAUUUUAUUACCCUGAAAGAACUGAGCGAAUAUUGUAGUAUUUCUUUACCACUUUUUGGAGAGUGUUCUAAGUGUUAGAGUGAGUUGAAGUGUAAGUGUAAGUGAGUUGUGUCAUUACCACUUCUAUGAGUUUGUGCUAAAGCUUAGUCGUGUCACCAGUGGAGUUUGCUACCGAGAUGAAGUGUUGACAUGUACUUAUUUUACAUAUUAAUUGUUAAAAUGUAAUGAGUACAUCUUGAGAGUACAUAAAACGUUUUAUGAGAUGUAUUGUUAAUACUUUCAUGUACUCUUUUCUAAGAUAUACUCAUAAGCAUGUACUAUUUCCUCAAAUGUACUCCUUCCCGAGAUGAAAUCUUUCCCCGAGAUGUACUAAUAACAUGUACUCCUUCCUGAGAUGUACUCUCAACCUGUACUCUUUCCAAAGAGGUGAUGAUGACAAGAAUUGUUUUCCUGAUAUGUAUCCUUAAGAUGUAUUCUUACCACGGAUACAGUGCUAAUAUGUACUCUUUUCUGCGAUGUAGUGUACUCCUACUCUGUACUCUAUCCUGUGAUGUACUAUCCACCUGUUCUCUUUCCUCAAUGUUAAUUGUUUUCUACUUUAAUUAAUAGUCAAUAGGCAACUAUUACUUAUUUAUAAACAGACCAAUUACUUCUAUUUUAAAACUCUUCAAAUAAAAAUAUCUUCUGUU